AUGCGAGAAGCAAUCGUGAAGCUUGGUUCUUCAAAAAGGACCGUCCAGGCACUUCUGAGCCUGUUCUAUCAGCUUGGUCAGAACGGGAAAUUCUCAGAUAACCAGGUCUACUUCUUCCCAUACUACACCGACCUCGACCGCUUGAGCGAGUGGCGAUGCUACGUCAAUGAAGCCCACAUCGUCGCCAUCAGCCAGAGCAGGUUCUAUCAGCCAAAUCACGCCGGUAUCAUAGACGAGAUGCUGGGUAGGCUGGCAUCUCAAGCGCGGCACCUCUGGUCACGAAUCGCAUCUGAUCUGAACUUCAAGAGCUGCAUCCUAGAUGUCUACGCAGAGGUCCUCGAUCCCGAGUUCGAGAUCAAGCUCAUUGGGAUUAACCCCUGGGGAGCUCACUCCGGCUCAGGCAGUUUACUCUUUCACUGGCUCGAUGGCGCGGAAAUCCUUGAUCCUCAAUAG